AGCCAGCGGAGGGAGCCUCUAGUCGCGGCUGCCUCGCGAAAGACGCCGGUAACAUCAGAGCCACGGAGGAGGUUGGUGGACGACGAGGUGGACGACUAGGUGGACGACUAGGUGGACGACGAGGUGGACGACGAGGUGGAGAAGGAGGAGCAAACAAGAGGAGGAAUAAAAGCCAUCACGUGCUGUGGCGUUCAAGCAAAGACCAGGCCAUCAAUCGUCACCUCUUUAAGAAAGAAACGAGCAUCUGGGCAACGGUUCUGCUCUGACCGAGACUGAAGCAGAGGUGCAAGGAGACGCAGAGCGCGUGUGAGGAGGAGGAGAAGGAGGAGGAGAGGGAGAGAGAUUCGUGGAGGGACAGCAGAACCCCGGAGGGUGGGAGGAGACAUGGCGUCUAGCAGCGGCACCGAUGACGACCUCACCAUCCCACGCGCAGCCAUCAACAAACUCAUCAAGGAGCUGCUGCCCAAUGUCCGUGUUGCCAACGACGCGCGCGAACUCGUGGUGUCAUGUUGCACCGAGUUCAUCCACCUCAUCUCCUCCGAGGCCAACGACAUCUGCAACAAGUCGGAGAAGAAGACCAUCUCCCCGGAGCACGUCAUCAAAGCGUUGGAGAGCCUGGGGUUCGGCGCCUACAUAGGCGAGGUGAAGGCCGUGCUGCAGGAGUGCAAGACGGUGGCGCUCAAGCGGCGCAAGGGCAGCUCGCGCCUCGAAAACCUCGGCAUACCCGAGGAGGAGCUCCUGCGCCAGCAGCAGGAGCUCUUCGCCAAGGCAAGACAGCAGCAGGCGGAGAUUGAGCAGCAGCAGUGGCUUCAGAUGCAGCAGGCGGCUCUGCAGGCGCAGCAGGCAGCCGCGAGCAGUGCGGCAGCCACCCAACAGGGGUCCUCGCAGGGGGACGACGACGAUGACAUGUGAUUGGUCGAAAAGUGUUACGGUCGCUUGCAUACGUGUGUGUGUGUGCGCGCGCGCGGCAUGUGUAUGUGUGCGUGAGAAUGCGUGUGUGUGUGUGCAUUUACUGAUAUAAACUCAGAUCGUGAUACAGGACACGGUGUGUUCUGGGUCUGCAGCCUCGAACUCGAUAAUUGCAGGUUUAAGGAGGAGCAGCUGUGAGCAACGGUGGAUCGCUCUACACUAAAAACCCGCGCGAUCGUGCGGUGGCGGGUUCUUUUUAACGACGCAGCGGAAGGAGGCGUCAAGUCGAAGGGGAGCCAGGGGGGGGGAGUGGGUUGGGGUGUUGGGAGAGGGCGCCGUUUGCUUGAGUUCAAAUUACUCCAGGGUAUUCGUGCGUUAUCUUGUUUAGCUCCCCCCCCCCCCCCCCCCCCGUGUUCUCGGGUUCUGCGUCUCGUUUGACGCGUGACGUCUCGGACAUUUCCUUCCACCUGCCGGAGGCGUCUUUGGAAGACUUUAAUUCACCUCGUGAAGACGCUUCCCCACCCCCCCCCCCCCCACUUCUCCUUCCCCAGCACGUGUCGCGAAACAUCGGACAUCGUGCCGAACAAAGCGUGGCACAGCCCGAAAGCGCACGGGAGAGAGCGCUGUGGGUUCAAAUGGCUCAUCCGUUGAGUGUUAUCGGAGGGUGUUAAUGCUGCUGCUGCUAAAAUGAAUUCCUCCGAUAGCGUUGAGUGCGCGUGAGCGUUCGGCCAAGUGACCGAGCAAGAGAAAAUCGCGCAGAGGCCUUUUGCGUUACUUGGGCGACGUUUGCCCGACUCGGAACUUUCGCGCCAAGACUCGUCCGUUCAUUUAUACGAGGAAAGAACUUAUUUAAGAGUUUUACGAUGUUUUAACUUUUUGAUCCGACUGUAAUAUUAACUGUGGGCUUUUUUAAUGCACCUCGCAGUGUCGUACAAACGUAAUCACUGGAGGGCGAGGUGACGGCUGCGGUGUUUCUAGGUGUCUACUCAUUCACAAUACUGAAUAUAGUUUGUUUUAGUUCCCCCCACCCCCACACCCUCUUCUGUCACCAUGUUUCAUUUUCCAGUAAAAUUUCUGGAGCCUCAAGAGUUGUAUUGUCAGGCAAUAAACGAUGUCGAACGUGCGUUACCGCGCGGGCGAAACGCGCCGGAGACUGUGGUAAGGAUUCGUACGUCCAUCGAUGAGUAUUCGAUCCCUGAGCUCGCGAGGCAGCGUGCGAUGAAUCGCGCGUGUCGUUGUUCGUUGGGGCAUCCCGCGUGCCACGGCCACCGCCGCCACCCUUGCGGCCGCGAAAUGCCGCUUUUGACCAUUUACCGCAAUCGUGCGACGAAAAAUAUAUCUUGGGAGUUCAAUAAGCGGUGGCGAGCUUGCGACAAUUCACAGAUUCGCUUGCUGGGUUGAAUUCUUACGUACCUCGUGCACAAUGGAAGCUAUAUAGCAUUGUCUGACCUUUGAUCAAAUUAACCGUGUUCUUCACUCAUUGUACGUUCACGUGGAGUAAGUUUGAUUUUUAGCAGUUUUCUUUUUUUAAGUGAAUAGCUGGUUGAUGUCUGGCAUUAAAGACUCGUGUGCGGUCAUCCCAGCCACUCUGAUUGUAAAAAGGCCGCAUCUCGGUACAAAGUGUUCGCUUUGCCAAAUAUCUCACGAGGGCUUCGUGGCGUGCACAAUGAGAAGAUCCACUCCUCGACGUUGCCGUUUGACGUGUUGCAAUCCGUUUGAAAUCGAGGUUUGCCGUGUGCGUACGCGACGUAACAAUGUCUUUGUAGCUGAUCAAGAAAUGGCCCUGGUACAGUCCCUGUGACAUUGCUCGCACUCUUACGAUCCAAUUCACCUUUUUGAGCACGGCGCAGGAGUCGGCGCAAAGGGCGAUGAUGGUCUUUUAUGCAUUUUACGAACACCGUUGAAUAGCUGGAAGGAUGUUGAUUGUUGCUGAUGAUUGGUGACCGGCUUGAGACCAACAACUCUGUACAUGUGAGAGCCUUUACGUAUAUGUAUGUUGAACUUCUUUCGGACCGUACGUAGCCAAACGCGCUUAUCGGAGGUGCGGGAAAAUCACAGGCGACUCCAACCUAGAAUGGGAAACCCAGGUUCUCGGAGUUGCUGCCUCAUCGUGCCGAUGUUUCUGACAGCGGUAUAUUUAGAUUUGUAUACACACAUAUAUAACUGUUACGUAUGUGGGAUGCUGCGACAGUGGUGUAAAAGUCAUCGAUCCAGAGGUCACCGGUACGGUUCUAUUUCACGGCACCGCAGUUCAAACGAAGGUGCGAGUGUCCGGAAUCCCCACGUCUCUGUUACACCCAGCAGCGUAGAUGGGCGCGUGUGUGCGUAUGUACAUUGAACUUCUUAAGCACCGUACAUGGCCGACCGUGCAACUCGGAGGUGUGAGGAAAAUGCAAAAAAAAAAACUAAAUCUGGUUGCGUGUGGUGGGCUAAAGUCUAAUGGGUACUCUUAAACUCUUCCAAAACAUCUAUCCGUCGUGGAAGAGUAGGCGAAUGUACCCUCGAGCGCUCUCUAGUGGAGAUGUUUCUGCUUGCAGUGGUGUAAGCAAUUGCCUCCUGGGCUGCAACCCUUGCCUUUUAUACAGUGUGUAUAUAUGCAACCACCCUCUAGCCACUAGAGGCCGCUACAUUCACGGGUUUAUUGACAAAAAAAGAGAAAAGAAUGGAUCCUUAAAUAUUGACCGCGAAUGGCGACGGCGCGUUGGGAUUUACGAGGGGAGUGGGAAGUGAAUCGAUGAUGGCGAGGGGGUGUGUGGGAAGGCGGCAUCGUUUUACAAAGCGAAGUCUAUUUCCCAUCUUUUCUAGGAGUGCUGUAGAAACGCAACAGCUUUUUUGUGGGCUGGUUGACAUUUCGGCGGGUUUCCCCAGAACCCCCGCUUCGUAAAGAUAUACCGGCACGAAUUGUUGAGUACGUCGCAUUCGGCAGCCCGUGGUGCGGUCGUGAAGAUUGUGUUUUUCCAUCGGGCCAGUUGUGUUCAGUCGACGUCUCCGUUGUUCCGUGAUGGAGCGAACAGGCCGCAUCAAAGACAUCCAGAAUAGAGGUUUUUUGGGGGUUAGAUCGUGUAAAUAUAUGAACGUGUCGUUAAACCCGCCAGCACCUGACACAGCCAACCAGUAAGGGUUGUCACGUAAACAGAACGUGGCCAAUUCGUCACUAGUACAGCACACCCGUGCGUUGAAGAGCCAAGCCACAACAUUUACAAUCUGAGUACAACUCGCUUCAUCACGUGACAACCCUUACUAGUUGGUGGUGGCGGGUUUAACGACACAUUUAUAUAUUUACGCGAUCUAACCCAAAGCAAAUAUUAUGGAUGAUAUUGGUCACGAAAGCCUAUGUGUUAAAACGAAUCAAAGACAACAACAAAAACAGACGUUACAAACAUUAUUUCGCAAAUUCAUAUUAUGGAACUUAUUUAUUAUUAACCAACGUAGACUAGGAAGGGGUGGAUAAUUUAGAGCGCGUCAUCUGUCUUAAUUUCAUGUUAAAGUGAUCAGGUUUUUUUUACUUGCAGUCGUGUUGGUACCGGGCAGCUUGCUGACCCUUGACCUGUGAGGAGCAGAUCAUGGGAGCCAGCCUGGCUGGUGGCCUCACAUUUUACUGCCUCCCCAGUUAAAAAAAACUUCUCGUGAGAGAAGAAGCAAAAAAAAAACACAACAAGAAGAGAGCUUUGUUUCCAGCAGUUAUGUCUCGCGAUGUUUUAAAGGGUUUGAAGUUGUGUUUAGUUGAGCGUAUCUGCAAAGUGUUUUAACCAAUAAAGAGAAUGCAUUGUUGAAAACGGUGCCUCCCCACCCACCCACGCACCCACCCACCUUUCUGUGUUGU